GGAGGACUCAGAUAGACUUCAGGCAAAUCUAAAGCUUCUGGAAGACUAGAUGGUGGCCAGCGGCAUGAAUUUUAACCUGAAAAAGUGUAAGGUAGUCAAAUCACGUACCUGUGGACUGCAGAAUGCAAGUCACUCCCUGUGGAAUGAAAGCUUGUUCUGCACAACUUCGGAGAGUGACUUAGGUUUGGUUGGUUUUGAUACAAGCGUAAACUACACGAGGGAUGAAGCGAGGGCAUGUGCGCUCACAAACUCUACACGUAGACAGUUAGGUGCACUCACUCCCAAGCUCGUUCUAAGUCCGUACAAAACAUACGUCAGACCUCUCCUUGAAGGGCAUAAUAUCAUUGCACCCCCACUGCUUAGAAGAGACGCCGACCUCUUUGAAAGAGUCCAGAGGCGGGCGAAAAAAAGAGUGGUUGGUCUCCGAAAUAAUCAUAUGAUGAAAGGCUAAAGAAAUUAGGCCCAUUUACCCUUAGAGCUGAUUUGAUUACUGCCUACAAGAUAACAAAUGACUAGAAUUACCCAAUCAAAGGUGUUCUGCCAUUGAGUAGGUAUAGGCUUCCCACUGGAAAUCCCAGAAUGAUACCUCACCAGAGGGCGAGGAUCCAGGUGCAUUUCUACUUCUUUUACCUGCCAGUUUGCCAUCCCUGGAAUUCCUUACCGGCAGAGGUAGCUAUGGCGACGUCUGUGGACGCCUUUAAGCGAAGGCUGGACAAUCAUGCAGUGACACAAGGACUGCGUCCAAAUGGCCUAUCCCCUUAAAAUCCCAUACACCAUUCAGAGGACCAACUGGUGAAAGGAUC